AUGGAUGGCUUCGACUCCAAAAAAGAGAUGGAACUCAAAUCGCGAAAGAGAAGGGUUACUGAAUUAUCGGAGGUUGGCAAGUGGAGUUCUGUGUAUAGGAUUUUGUUUCCUGACGUGCCGCAGACUGACAUCCCAUCUCCCUUUUACGAUUACUUCGAGGCUAAUUCGGAGGUGCCUUCGGGUAGUCUGAGUGACUACGAAGAAUAUGCCCACAGAGAAAUUGAUCGCGGAUUACGAGAAACUUUGGAACAUGAAUUAGAGACCGAUCUGCAAAUUACAGAUGACUUACAGAAAGCAAAAGCAAUUCGUUGGUUUAAAAAAAUGCAACUUCGGCUACUACAUGAGUUCAAAUUGUCUCGCGGCUCGGAUUCGAACUCCCGAGAUACAUCGAAUAGCCCCCAGGACGUGGAAAUGGAAUUGUCGCAUCCUAUAUUAGAAUCCGACCAUGCCUCUACUGCCUCGUUCUUAGAAAGGCCUCUGCAUAGUGUCAAUGAAUACUGGACAUUGGCUGAUCAAAAACUUUACGGAGAAGAAUUUGACUUCAACCUCGACAUGUCACCCCAGAUACCAUGGCUUGGAAUGGCUGUUCCAUUCACAGAUAUACGAGACGCGGGGCUAUCUGAACCGGAAUGUGGGAUAAUGAGUGCGAUGGGAGGUAAUACACACCCACAAGGGAGUUAG